AUGGUCAAGCGCAAGGUUCCGGACGACGACUUCGUCCUUACCAUAUCCGACAACGAAGACAUCCCCGUGGAGGAGGAAUUGCCUGUUGCGCCGCCAAAGAAGAAGUCGAAACCCAGCAAAAAAGCCAAAAAAGGUGCCAAGAACGACGACGCCGAUGCUGCCGAGGACACUGGAAUAUGGGGCAAGAAUGAUGACGAUGACGGUGCCAUGGAUUCUGACUUCGAGUUCAUGGCCGAGGCUACCGCCGACAUCAUGGGGGGCGAGUUUGAUGGCUGGGGCUUCGAUGGCGCCAAGCGAGGCAUGAGCGAAAAGCGAGCCGUCGACCUGGACGACAUAAUCCGGAGACGAAGAGAGAAGAAGGAGGGCGGCGCAAAGGCGAAACGCAAGGUUGAUGAAUUGCCCGCGGAUGACGAGGAAGGUGCCGACAUUGACCUCGACGACGAGGACGACGAGGUCCUUGCCGCUGACGGCUUCGGUAUGGGUGCUGGUUCCGAUGCUGAAGAGUCCGACGACGCAGUUGGCGACGAUAUGGACCAAGAUCAUGACGACUAUGACGAUGGCGAAGAUGGAGCGGCCUCUGAUAAUGAUUCCGUGGCCACGCCCGUAGACCAUCCCGACGACGGCAGCGACUCCGACGAAUCCGAUGCCGAGGACCCAGAGGAGGCGGCCAAGCGAGAGGCCUUCUUUGCGCCAGAGGACAAGACAAAGUCUGGGAAACAGUUGACAAAAUCAUCCUUUCAAGGCAUGUCGCUCUCGCGACCGAUCCUGCGAGGCCUUGCGUCUGUGGGAUUCAGCAAACCCACCCCGAUUCAGGCCAAGACUAUACCCAUGGCACUUGGCGGCAAGGAUGUGGUCGGCGGAGCCGUGACUGGUUCCGGUAAGACUGCCGCUUUCGUCGUCCCAAUUCUGGAACGUCUCCUCUACAGGCCCAAGAAGGUGCCCACCACUCGUGUGGUGAUUAUGACACCAACGCGUGAAUUGGCCAUUCAAUGUCACUCCGUGGCUACGAAACUGGCUAGUCAUACCGACAUCAAGUUCUGUCUGGCCGUGGGAGGUUUGAGCUUGAAGGUCCAGGAGGCCGAGCUGCGCCUGAGACCCGAUGUUGUCAUCGCCACGCCGGGUCGUUUCAUUGACCAUAUGCGCAACUCUGCUAGCUUCAACGUUGAUACUGUGGAGAUUCUGGUCCUGGAUGAAGCUGAUAGGAUGCUCGAGGAUGGUUUUGCCGAUGAGCUGAACGAGAUCUUGACAACUAUACCAAAGUCCCGCCAGACCAUGCUUUUCUCUGCUACAAUGACUUCUUCCGUGGAUAGGCUUGUCCGCGUUGGUAUGGACAAACCCGUCCGUCUCAUGGUCGACUCUCAAAACAAGACUGUCCAGAAGCUGGAGCAGAAGUUCGUCCGGCUACGGCCUGGACGCGAGGAGAAGAGACUUGGCUACCUGGUGCAUAUUUGUAAGACCAUGUACUCAGAGCGUGUUAUCAUUUUCUUCCGCCAGAAGAAAGAGGCCCAUCGUGUACGCAUCGUUUUUGGACUUCUUGGCUUGUCAUGCGCUGAGCUCCAUGGCAGUAUGAAUCAAGCACAGCGUAUUGCAAGUGUUGAAAAUUUCCGUGAUGGCAAGGUUUCCUACCUAUUGGCCACAGACGUUGCUUCCAGAGGUCUCGACAUCAAGGGAAUCGACACUGUCAUCAACUACGAAGCCCCACAGUCCCUUGAGAUCUACGUGCAUCGUGUCGGUCGUACAGCUCGUGCGGGUCGCUCUGGUGUGGCAGUUACUCUGGCAGCAGAGCCGGACCGCAAGGUUGUAAAGGCUGCAGUCAAGUCGGGCAAGGCUCAGGGUGCCAAGAUCAGCAGUCUCGUCAUAGAGGCUACUGAGGCCGACAAGUGGCAGAGCCAGAUCGACGAGAUGGACGAUGAGAUCGAAGAGAUCAAUCGGGAAGAGAAGGAAGAAAGGCAGAUGGCCAACGCCGAGAUGCAGAUCAAGAAGGGUGAGAACAUGAUGAUCCAUGAGGAUGAAAUCAAGUCGAGGCCCAAGCGGACAUGGUUCGAGACACAGAACGACAAGAAGCAGGCGAAGGAGCGUGGUCGCGCCGAGCUGAAUGGACUCAAGGACACUCUGAAGAAGAAGGGAGGUGGUAAGCUCAGUGGCAAGGAUAGGAAGAAGCUUGACUCGAGGUCGGACAGGACGGACGGCCGAUCUUGGAAGAAGGGAUCUGCCGAGCGUGCAGGUAAAGGCGCCGUCUUGAAUUUCAAGAACGACAAGUCAAAGAAGAAGGUUGCGGGCCGAGGUGCCGGCAAGCCGAAGAAGAGAUAG